UGCAACAACUGACAAUUGAGCACUUUACCCUCAUGAAACAAAGCGAGAACGGAACCACAAUUUAAAUAUACCUGAAACACAAGAUCGCACUGAAGACACAUUAUGAGGCACGCAACUGCAGCAACAGAAACCAUGGAAAAUAAUUCAUUUACAGUAACAUACUUAUAUAAAAUAUGCACUCAUUGUGAACGGUUAAGCAAAAAGGACGUAGGAGUUCGGAUCCCAAGACCACUGGGAAAUGGACCAAGUAGAUUUAUCCCUGAAAAAGAGAUACUUCAAGUCAGUAAAGUAGAUCCGAGGGUGCAAUCGAUAUUUGAGGACGCAUUUGCUGCACUGGGUCGUCUUGACAACAUCUCCUUGGUGAUGGGCUUCCACCCACAGUACCUGGAGAGUUUCCUGAGAACACAGCACUACCUACUGCAGAUGGAUGGGCCCUUAUCCCUGCACUACCGCCACUACAUAGGCAUCAUGGCUGCGGCCAGACACCAGUGCUCCUACCUGGUCAACCUCCACGUCAACGACUUCCUCCAGGUGGGAGGGGACCCCAAGUGGCUGAAUGGCCUGGACGGAGCCCCACAGAAGCUGCAGGCUCUUGGGGAGCUCAACAAGAUCCUGGCCCACCGGCCCUGGCUUCUUACCAAGGCACACAUUGAGCACCUGCUGAAGGCUGAAGAACACAGCUGGUCCCUGGCUGAGCUGAUCCAUGCUGUGGUGCUCCUCACACACUACCACUCCCUGGCGUCCUUUACCUUCGGCUGUGGCAUCACCCCUGAGAUCCACAGUGAUGGUGGGCACACCUUCAGAUCUCUCUCCCUCAGCCAGUACUGUGUCUGCGACAUCGCCAAUGGCAAUGGGCACGGCAACGACCUGGAGGAAAGGAGAGGCAGCCAUCAGGUGUCUGGUGAGGUGGAGGUGCUGAUGGAGAGAAUGAGGCAGCUGCAGGAGUGUCGUGAUGAAGAGGAAGCCAGUCAGGAGGAGAUGGCCACACGCUUCGAGAGGGAGAAGACCGAGAGCAUGCUGGUGGCCACGGCAGAGGACGAGGAGUGUGUGCAGUCAAGAGACGUGUCCAGGCACUUUGAAGACCCCAGCUACGGCUACAAGGACUUUUCCAGGAGAGGAGAACAUGUACCCACCUUCAGAGUGCAGGACUACAGUUGGGAGGACCACGGCUACUCCCUUGUGAACCGUCUGUACCCUGAUGUUGGUCAGCUGCUGGAUGAGAAGUUCCAGAUGGCCUACAACCUGACCUACAACACCAUGGCCAUGCACAAAGACGUGGACACCUCCAUGCUCCGCAGGGCUAUCUGGAACUACAUCCACUGCAUGUUCGGCAUCAGGUAUGAUGACUAUGACUAUGGGGAGAUUAACCAGCUGUUAGACCGCAGCUUUAAGGUCUACAUUAAGACCAUGGUGUGCAGCCCGGAGAAAACCACCAAACGAAUGUAUGAGAGCUUCUGGAGGCAGUUCCAGCACUCCGAGAAGGUCCAUGUAAAUCUGCUUCUUAUGGAAGCGCGCAUGCAGGCAGAACUGCUCUACGCUCUGAGAGCGAUCACCUGCUACAUGACAUGAAGUGCUUUUGGCAUUUAUCGUUGUAUUUUACUGUCGUUGUUGCUCUCGUUGGACACCUUUUUAUAAUAAAAAAAAACCAAUGGGGGGGGGGGGAAAUAGAAAAUGGGAAGGGACAGAAAGGAGCCCCGCUCGUCAUGACGAAGCUCGUCCUUGUGAUGGAUGGAAUGUAGAAAGAUGAAUGGAACAAAAGCGAGAGAAUGGGGGUUAGGGAGCAAAAGAAAUGACUGCAAAAAAUAAUAAUCUGAACCCAUUUGUGGAAAGAUGAGCUUUGUUGGUCCUCUUUGCUCGCAUUGCCAAAACUCACCAUGAGGGGGCAGCCUAGAGAAGACUCCCUCUGUCAGGAGUGUGUGGCCAACCUUCCAGUAUUCCAAUACAUCUCAGUGGAUGAUGUCACUGAAAUCUCCUUAUAGUGUGAAAAACCCACAGCAAUUCUCCAGAAAGAAGAGCAGUACACCAGUCUACACUCAAUGUAAUCAUAGUUUUUUUUGGGGGGGGGGUUGUAUUAAGAGAAGUUAUCAUGGGGUUGAUGAUAUUGCUGUAACUGAAGGUUAUGAAAUCAUUAUUUGGGCUGUGUGAUAGUGUGCCUGAUUUUUAUAUCAGACGGCAGUGUUCAGAGGUGCUGCCUGAUACUGCUGCUUCUGUAAGCAUGGGGUCAUAUUGACCCCACACCCUAACCAUCCUAAACUGUUUGUGUAAGCUAACCCAAGGAGUGUGUGUGUGUGAGAAAGGUGUUGGGGGAAAAACAAAAAAAAGAACACUGUCUGAGACCUAUUCAGUUUGAUUGUAAAUAUGAGAGGCUCUCUGUGACAAGUAUUGUGUGUGUGUGACUCCGUGUGUUUUAUAAAAAAUGUUGGGAUUUCAAGUGUAAAAAAAAAAAAAAAAAGGCGAGGCACUCUUUGUGUGGUGACUGUUAUAUCGAUCUUUUGUUUCUGUUAGAAGCUUUGUCCU